AUGUCGCCGCACAAAUUACACACCAGCGGUAACGAAAGAGACACCAUCAAUAUCAACAAAGAGACGGUAACCAAUGGCAUCUCAACCGACUUCCCGGGCCACUUCUACGGCGAGGAUGGCAGCUUCAGCCUCGAACAGUUCCGGAAGGAUCUGAACAUCAAGGUUCACUACAACAGACAAAGCGACAUGUCGCUCUCCCUCAUGGGCGUCGACGCUUCGAUCGCGAACGCCAUCCGUCGGAUCAUGAUUGCUGAAAUCUCUACGCUUGCGAUCGAAACCGUCUUUGUCGAGGAUAAUACAUCGGUAAUCCACGACGAGGUGUUGUCGCAUCGACUAGGCCUCAUCCCUUGGAAGGGUUCCAAGCAGGGCAUCCGAGAGUUUCUCCAAGAGUUCAAGCGGGGCGAGCCCGGCGAGGACCCUUUCGCCAACACCUUUGAUUGGAAUACCGACGAAAACGAUCCCGAAAAGCUCUACCACAAUGCCAACGUCUACGCCAAGGACAUCGUCUUCACCCCAAGCGGGCGGCAGGCCGAGUACUUCUCGGGCGAGGAUGCCAUUAGGCCGAGCAACCCCGACAUUCUGAUUGCCAAGCUUCGCCCUGGCCAGCGUAUCGCCCUCGAAAUGCACAUGCACAAGGGCAUAGGCGCGGACCACGCCAAAUUCUCUCCCGUCGCUACGGCGUCGUAUCGUCUGUUGCCCACGAUCAACAUCAUGCAGCCUAUCCUAGGCGAGGAUGCACACAAGUUCCAAGGGUGCUUCCCCAAGGGAGUGAUUGGGAUUGAAAAGGUCACGAGACAGGAAGCCGCCAUCAAAGGUAGCGGUUACGAGAAGCGCGAGGGCGAGGACAAGGCCGUGGUGGUGGAUGCCAUGAAGGACACGGUGAGCCGAGAGUGCCUGAGGCACCCCGAGUUCCAGGGCAAGGUGAAGCUGGGAAGGAAACGAGACCAUUUCAUCUUUGGAAUUGAGAGCACGGGUCAAUGGGACAGCGAUGAAUUAUUCGUAGAGGCCCUUCGUGUGCUGAAGAAGAAGUGCCUGACGCUCGAGAAGCAGGUCGUCUUCAUGGCCCGGUAG